CCCAUUUCCGCAAAUUUUUGCACCUAAAAAGUCUACUCGGAGAAAUACUACGUACUCCCACCUCACCUCCCUUCCCUUCCCCUCUCCGAGUCCGCUCUCCGCUCCAAUGCCGUUGCCUCUCUCCUCCACCUGCUUCUUCUCAUAAACGCUUCCGGCCUCCCGGAGUCCCGGACACAAACCCUAGCAUUCAACCACGCCGAGCUCGCCGGAACAAGCCCAACCCGAGCCCAAUCCCGCUCGGGCCCCAGCCGAUCCGACGGCUCCUCACCAGCACAAUCCGGGGUACCCCGCGGAUGCUAGCCUGAUCGGGUCCCCACGGUCGAUGGGUUCGCCCGGGUCCGCCAAUGGCAGACGCGGCGACUAUGUGAGGAUCCCGGAGGAGGCGGAGGUGGCGUCCAAGGGGGAGGGAGAUGCCGCGGCGGCCGUCAAGGCGGCCGCGGCGGCGGAGUGCCCUAGGGUGCUGCGGUGCAGCGCGAUCCGGUGGUGGGCCAAGGUCGCCGUGCUCGGGAUCGUCCUUGCUGGGGCCGGAGCUGCCGCGGUCGUCUUCCUCGGCCCGCUCCUUAUCAAGAAGAUUGUUGUACCUAUUCUUCACUGGGAAUCAACAACGUUCAGCAGGCCAUCUAUUGCUCUAAUAUGUUUCGGCACAAUCGCAUUAUUCCCAAGUGUUUUGUUACCUUCUUCGCCCUUCAUGUGGCUUGCGGGGAUGACUUUUGGAUAUCUUUAUGGUUUUUUAAUAAUCACAGUGGGUAUGAGCAUAGGCAUGUCAUUGCCGUAUUUUAUAGGUUCUGCAUUCCACUGUAGGAUACAUAGAUGGCUGGAGAAGUGGCCAAAGAAAGCAGCUUUUGUAAGGCUUGCUGGCGAGGGAGAUUGGCACCAUCAAUUUAAGGCUGUAGCUUUACUCAGGAUUUCUCCAUUUCCAUAUAUAGUUUUUAACUAUGCUUCUGUGGCUACGAAUGUCAAAUAUUACCCAUAUAUCGCUGGUUCCAUGGCUGGAACCAUACAUGAAACUUUCCUUGCAAUAUACAGUGGGAAACUUUUACAGAGCUUGGCUGUAGCAACUAGCCAAGGGUCCUUCUUGUCUGUGGAUCAGAUCAUCUACAAUGGAAUCGGAUUUAUAGUUGCAGCAGCUUCUACUGCCACGAUCACUAUUUAUGCAAAGAAAGCACUUCAAAGGCUCCAAGCAGAGGAGGAGAUAUUGUGAGCGCAUGAGGUCCAAGCCCAGGAUCAAAACCCAUAACGCUAGUUUCCUUUCAGGUGUAUUAUACAUGAAGGGCUUGUUUGGCAGCAAGGGGGGAGGGGAAUCUAGCCCCUCCAACCCCCUCCAUUUCCCUUGCUGCCAAACAUGCCUGAACAGUUGCUACUAAUCUGGUUUCCUGUGUCGACUACCUGACUGCCACUACCAUCUGAGGAGAGGGAAGGGUGGGUGCUGAAGCAAUUGUAAAGAAAAACAGACCCAGAAAAACUUACGUUUUCGGUUCUUGUUUAGUUUUCUGUAAAGAGAACUAUCAACUUCAGUGUAUUGCAUUGCGCGAUGUAGAUUCCCAAGUCUAAAGUUGUUUCCUCU